AUGGCUACUGGAACAGCCAGAUAUUUGAGAUACAUUCUCUUUGCAUUCUUUGGUCUCGCCAUCGUCUACUUUAUAUCAUCUUCAUCAGACCAAAGGUUACAGACUGCACAGCAAGUCUUCACUGAUAAAACCGGUAUUCCUACCAAGGCAGGCACUUCACCAGGUCACUCUGCUGAAGAUUCGACGAAAUCCGAUGCUAAGACUUCUCCAAAUACUCAUGAUCUUCCACCUGCGACCAUUCCAGGAGAGCGUAUGAAUGCGACAUUCGUCACUUUGGCAAGAAACUCGGAUAUUUGGGAGAUUGCACGAUCCAUUCGUCAAGUUGAGGAUAGAUUCAACAAGAAAUUCAAUUACGACUGGGUUUUCUUGAACGACAAGCCAUUUGAUGCCACAUUCAAGAAGGUGACCGCAUCCCUUGUUUCCGGAAAGACUCAUUAUGGAGAGAUCCCAGAGAAACAUUGGUCAUUCCCUGACCAUAUCGAUACCGACAAGGCUCGCAAGGUCCGUGAAGAUAUGGCACAAAGAAAAAUCAUCUAUGGAGAUUCUGUUAGUUAUCGCCACAUGUGUCGCUUCGAAUCUGGUUUCUUCUUCCAACAAGAAUUGAUGCUGAACUACGAAUGGUACUGGAGAGUCGAGCCAUCCAUUGAACUUUUCUGCGAUAUCGAUUAUGAUGCUUUCAAAUUCAUGGCCGACAACAAGAAGAAGUACAGUUUCGUUUUGAGUCUUUACGAAUAUGUCGAGACUAUUCCAACUUUGUGGGACAGUGUCAAGAAGUUUAUCAAGGCCCAUCCAGAGCACAUUGCCGAAGGCAACUCAAUGGGUUUCCUUAGUGAUGAUGGUGGCGAAACUUACAACCACUGCCACAUGUGGUCUAACUUCGAAAUUGGUAACCUCAAUUGGCUUCGAUCAAAGGCUUACACGGAUUACUUCGAGCAACUCGACCAAGAUGGAGGAUUUUUCUAUGAACGUUGGGGUGAUGCACCAGUCCACUCCAUCGCUGCAGGUCUUCUUUUGAAGAAAGAAGAAAUUCAUUUCUUCAACGAUAUUGCUUAUUACCAUGUUCCUUUCACCCAUUGUCCAACAGGGGAGCAAACAAGACUCGAUUUGAAGUGCCACUGCAAUCCAAAGGAUAACUUUGAUUGGAAAGGAUACUCAUGUACAUCACGAUUCUUCGAUAUCAAUAAGAUGGAGAAGCCAGAAGGAUAUGAAACCCAACAAGACUAG